UUUCCUCUCUGAGACUUGAUUGCUAGAGACAAUUCGUUGCUAAUAUUUGUUUAUUACGUUUAGAUAGGUUUUACUGAGUUUUAUUUUGUGGUAGGCGCUAUUGCUGUUGAAAUCGAGACUGCAAGCAGUCUCUUGGUUGAUCCCCGUUUAGAUGUUUCCUCACAAUCUUUAUUAGUUGGGAGCGGUGGCAUUUUGUAAUAAUAGAGGCAUUUUCCAUACAUUUUCACAAUGAGACGAAGUUUUCUUUCCUUUAAUGGUGGGGAUUGGGUGGAUAAACCAAUAUAGGUUUUGGGUAUAUCAGGUGAUGAAAUGACUCGAGUGAUAUGGAGAUAUAUCAAAGAAAAGCUCAUACAUCCUUUCCUGGAGCUAGACAUAAAGUACUUUGACCUUGGUAUUCAUCAUCGUGAUGCUACAAACGACAAAGUUACAGUUGAAAGUGCAGAAGCCACCCUUAAGUACAAUGUGGCAAUUAAAUGUGCAACCAUUACUCCAGAUGAAGCCCGUGUUAAAGAGUUCAACUUGAAACAGAUGUGGAGAAGUCCAAAUGGGACCAUUCGGAACAUCUUGAACGGGACAGUAUUUAGAGAACCAAUCAUAUGCAAGAACGUCCCUCGGCUUGUGUCAGGUUGGACCAAGCCCAUAUGCAUUGGGAGACAUGCCUAUGGGGAUCAGUAUCGAGCUACUGAUGUAGUAAUUGAAGGAGCUGGAAAACUCAAAAUGGUUUUUGUCCCAGAUAGAGGUACUAAGAGCGUAGAAUUGGAGGUGUUCAACUUUACAGGACCUGGUGGUGUAGCUCUGUCAAUGUAUAACACUGAUGAGUCUAUUCGUGCUUUUGCGGAGGCCUCGAUGAACACUGCUUAUCAGAAACUUUGGCCGCUUUAUCUUAGCACCAAAAAUACCAUUCUGAAGAAUUAUGACGGAAGGUUUAAAGAUAUCUUCCAAGAUGUUUAUGAAAGAGAAUGGAGGUCCAAGUUUGAGGCUGCUGGGAUUUGGUAUGAACAUCGUCUUAUAGAUGAUAUGGUUGCUUAUGCUCUAAAGAGUGAAGGAGGUUAUGUAUGGGCUUGCAAAAAUUAUGAUGGGGAUGUUCAAAGUGACUUUUUAGCCCAAGGAUUUGGAUCUCUAGGUUUGAUGACAUCAGUGCUGGUCUGUCCAGAUGGAAAAACCAUUGAGGCAGAGGCUGCACACGGUACAGUCACGCGUCAUUACCGAGUACAUCAAAAGGGAGGCGAGACUAGCACUAAUAGCAUAGCAUCGAUCUUUGCCUGGACACGGGGGCUUGCACACAGAGCAAAGUUGGACGGAAAUUCCAAACUCUUGGAUUUCACCGAGAAAUUAGAAGCUGCCUGCAUUGCGAGUGUGGAGUCUGGAAAGAUGACCAAGGAUCUUGCAAUUCUUACUCAUGGAACUAACGUGUCCAGAGAUCGGUAUGUGAACACCGAAGAGUUCAUUGACGUCGUUGCUGAGGAGUUGAGACGUAGGCUGUGGAAGAAGGCAAAGCUAUAAUUGGAAGCCAGGUAGAGAGCUCCAUGUUGUUGUGCAAAGCUAUAGUUUCUAUUAAGAAUCUCUCUACAAAUUGUAUACUUUCACCAUAGAAUCAAAAAGGAUCCGACAAUUUCUCGGUGCUGUAAUUGCUUUGUAUGCAGCUUCACAUCACCAUAAGCAUUCUGCUAUCCAAGUCAAAUGUAACAGAAAAAAGUAUGUUCAUUCUUCCGAGAUGGAGAGAAUAAGUAAGAACCUAGGUGUUAAUUAUUUAUCUUAAA